GCAGUUUCAAGAUGCCCGCCAAAUAUCGAGCGCCCUUCGAGAGCCCGUAUCCUGGUCUUAAACAUUUUGACAUGGAUAACGAACUCGUCAUCCCGAAGGAUGUUGAGCCCUUGAGAGCGUCUGACCGGUACCGGACCAUCGUCGGCUCCAUAAAAUCUCGUCCAGGUGAUGUCGUUUUCAAGCAGUUUCUCCUCCCCGAUAACAAAGAGAAACCUGAUAAGGGCGACGAGGAGCACCUGGUUGAAAUCGGCUGGUUGCUCGACGUAUGGACCAAGUUGAAGCAUCGGCGAAUCACCCCCCUUCUUGGAUUUUCAGUCGAAGUCUGUAUCCCGACGGUCAUCUCACCCUUUUAUCCCAACCGGGAUAUCGAAACCUUUAUGUCGGCUCACCCGGUCAACCUCGAAACCAAACUUCGCUGGAUGACCGAGAUCGCAGAAGGACUGGUACACAUACACGAGAAGCGAUGUGUCUUUGUCGACGUCAAGCCAAACAGCUUCCUACUCGAUGACCUUGAGUCGGUUCGACUCAAUGAUUUCUCAAAUUCUCUGGCCUUGGAGGAGGGGUUCGACGGACGCGAACAAAUCCCACUCCCCGAGGAUGAAAUCGAGUAUGGCACGUUUACCUACUUCGCCCCGGAACGCACCACUCAACGUGCGACACCCAACUUCAACACUGAUAUAUAUGCAUACGGGAUUGCGU